CGCGUCUGAAAAAAAAAUUGUGAAAUUCUUGGGAGCUCUGCACGUGCAAAAAGAGGGUAAACGAUGGACGAAGAAAGCAGGCAAUUGGUGGCGGAUUGUUUCCUCCGGCCGGUUGUUGAUCCGCGGUCCACGAACACGCCGAACGAACCGCCACCCACGAAGCAGCCCGUGAAGGUGGAGCUGCAGGUGCUCCGGCUAAAGGAUGAGUCACAGACGCUGAUCAUGGACACGUUGCGCGCCAUCCACGGCGAGUCCUUUCAGCUGGGCGACAUCUCAAAGUACGUGGAUCAGGGAAAUCGGUUGAAGAAAAACUUCUGGCAAGAUCGUGGUAACCUCGUGAUCCAGGGCGGAUGCGACUUCUCGAACGUCGUGCGCACGGGCAACAGCAAUGAGGACAAGUUCCGGAUGUAUGCGGCCAUGAAACUGCACAGCUACGGAUUCCACAGGGCACACUGUGAGGAAGCACUCGAUCACCACAACGGUGACAUCGAUCGCUCUCUCGAGUUGCUGUUUUCCAAGUACUUCCCACCACCGGCCGAUCUGGCACCACCGCCCGAGGAGUACGACGAAGAGGAACUCAGCACGUUGCGAGCCGAUGAGCGGGAAGCGCUAGAGUCCAUCUACGACAAGCUGUUCGUAGAGAAGGAACGGAACCGCGUGUGGCAGCUCAAGUUUAAGAUCGAUCAUCUGCUGGUGCACAGUCCUUCCGAGAUGAAAAAGCUGGCGGAACGGGAACGGCAGCAGCAGGAAGAGGAGCGUCGCCGGAAGCAGGAAGAGUUGGCGAAGAAAAAAAAGGCCAAAAAAGAACCAUGCUGGAAUUAUGCGAAGGGCAAGUGUCGGUACGGUAAUCGCUGCUACUACUCCCACGGACCGGAAGAAUCGAGUGAGGGGACCGCUGGUGGCAAGGGUGAUGGCAAGAAGCUACUGGACAAAGCGACUGAAGAGGAUCCAAAUUGGUUUUUCCUCGAAGUACGGUUUCCACCCGGCAACCGGUAUCCAUUCGAGCGUCCUGUCCUGCUACUGCGCACGACCUGCCCGGACAUUCCGGAUCAGCUGUGCUUACGGGUGAACAGACGGUUAGUGCAGGAAACGAUCGAGCUGACUCGGGACGGUAUGCCGUGCAUCUACACCGUGGCCGAUCUACUACAGAACGACACCGAGAUUGGCCGUUUCAUCGAGCUCGAUCGUUACCAGUUUCUCGACGCUAAACGAUCGCUGUUCUAUGAACCGAACGAGAACGAAAAUCGUGAGGGUCAGCAGGGUGAGCUACCGUCACACCAUCAGCGUGGCAACACGGGCCGCCAGACCGGGCCUCGGAUAAACUUGGAGCAGGUGCUGAAAGAGGACCGCAACAUCGUGCGCAAGUUCCUGGACAAGCAAGCGAACGCCGCGUACCGGGAGAUGGUGAAGGCGCGCAGCAAUCUGCCGGCCUGGGGAAAGAUGAACGAAAUUCUCGAGCUGCUGGAAUCGAACCAAAUUCUCGUCAUCAGCGGUGAGACGGGAUGCGGAAAGUCCACCCAAGUGCCUCAAUUUUUACUCGACGAUUGGUUGCUCCAAUCGUCGCGCCUCACUGGGAACGCAAAGCUACGCCACGUGGAGAUUGUCUGCACGCAACCGAGGCGUCUGUCGGCGAUCGGUGUAGCGGAACGUGUGGCCGAAGAGCGGAUAGAAAAGGUUGGAAACACGGUCGGCUACCAGAUACGGCUGGAAACGCGCACGUCCUCGUCGACGAGACUUACCUUUUGCACGACGGGCAUCCUGAUGCGCCGGUUACAGUCCGAUCCGUUGCUUUCGAGCGUCACGCACGUGAUCGUGGACGAGGUGCACGAACGGAGCGAAGAGUCCGACUUUUUGCUCCUCAUCCUAAAGCAGCUGCUUGAGAAGCGUAGCGAUCUGAAGGUGAUCCUCAUGUCGGCUACCCUUAACUCGAACCUGUUUGCCAGCUACUUCGGCGAUAUCCCGGUUCUCGACAUCCCGGGCCGUACCUUCCCCGUGGAGCAGCUCUUUCUGGAGGAUAUCCUGGAGCGUAGUGGGUUUGUGUUGGAACCGGAUUCGAUGUACUGUCGCAAGCUGCGAAAGGGCGAUCACGAACUGCUGACGCAGGAGCUGGAGUAUGCUGAUCUGCAGGCGUCCGAAGUCCCUCCGGCCAGAUCGAUCCGUGACGAGAACCUUAAGCUAACGGACAUCUUCGCACGGUACGCAGAUUAUUCGAAACAAACGUGCAAAACGCUUUACCUCAUGGAUCCGCUCCGGAUCAACCCGGAGCUGAUCGAGCGUGUGCUUACGUACAUCGUAGACGAUCCGUCCCACGGCUGGCCACAGGAAGGUUCGAUACUGAUCUUUCUUCCCGGUUUGGCCGAGAUACAGACCGUUCACGAAUCACUUACCAGCAGCCGGCUGUUUGGUCCUCGGGGUGAACGAUUCGUGCUGAUACCGUUGCACUCGAUGUUGACGAAUGAGGAGCAGGCGCUAGUCUUCCGGAAGGCUCCGAAGGGCAAGCGAAAGAUCGUACUCAGUACGAACAUUGCCGAAACGUCGAUCACCAUCGAUGAUUGUGUGUUUGUGAUCGAUUGUGGCCAGAUGAAGGAGAAGCACUUCGAUUCUAACCGCAACAUGGAGUCACUGGAAAUGGUUUGGGUGUCGCGAGCAAACGCCUUACAACGGAAAGGACGCGCUGGGCGCGUUAUGCCGGGUGUAUGCAUCCAUCUCUACACGAAACCACGGUUUACGAAUCACAUCCUUGGGCAACCCGUUCCGGAAAUUCAUCGGAUACCACUGGAACCGUUACUGCUGCGCAUCAAAACCCUAUCGACGCUUCAGGAACGUCCGAUCAGUGCCGUCCUGGGGGCAACUAUUGAACCACCGAGCGAAGAGAAUAUUGAGGCGGCCAAGAAACGGCUCGUCGAUGUCGGUGCACUCGAUCUCGAUGAGCAGCUCACGGCACUCGGGCACCAUCUGGCCGCACUACCGGUUGACGUGCGGAUCGGUAAGCUGAUGCUGUUCGGUGCCAUCUUCCAGUGCCUGGACAGUGUGCUAACGAUCGCAGCUAUCCUAAGCUACAAGAGUCCUUUUGUGGCUCCGUUCGCAAAGCGAGAUGAAGCGGACAACCGGAAACGCCAGCUGGCCAUCGCCAACAGCGACCAUUUGACGAUGCUGAACGCGUAUCGGCGCUGGAUGGUAGCGGCCCAGCGUAGCCGCUACGCCGGUCAAUGCUUUGCCGAGGAGAACUAUCUGUCCAGCAAAACGCUCACCACGAUCGGUGAGAUGAAGUAUCAGUUUCUGGAGCUGCUCGUCUCGAUCGGUUUCGUACCGAUCGAUCUGUCCGGGCGGAGCCGUUCGAAACGGCAACAGGCGGUGGACGAUCUGGCCGCCCUUACCGGUGCGGAACUGAACGUGAACGGUGAUAACAAUCGGCUGCUGGCGGCCAUCCUGUGCGCCGCCCUUUAUCCCAACGUGGCGAAGGUGCUUACGCCCGAGAAAAGCUUCGUAUCGGGAGCGGGCGGUGCAGUACCGUACCUUCCGCAGGCAUCGGAUUUGCGGUUCAAGACGCGCGGCGACGGUUACGUCUCCCUACAUCCGUCCUCGGUGAACGCACAGGUUGGAUUCUUCAGCUCACCGUUCCUGGUGUACCAGGAGAAGGUGAAAACGUCUCGGAUAUUCAUUCGCGAAACCACGAUGGUACCCCUGCUGCCGAUGGUGCUGUUCUCCGGCAGUGACCUGCAGAUCGAACUGCACGGUGGUGACUUUGUGAUACUGCUUGGCGAUGGUUGCCUGAUGCUGCAGACACCGACCCAUCAGGUGGCCGAGAUGAUGAAGUUUCUACGCCUCGAGCUAGUGAAAAUGCUCGAGCUGAAGAUUAGCGAUCCGUUGCUUAAUCUGCUGAACCACGAGCACGGCAAGCGCAUCAUCGCGACGAUCGUGCAUCUUAUCAGCAAAGAGUAGAGCACCAGUGUGUUGUAGAUAGUACAGCGGAGCGAUCCAUUAUCCAGUUGCAAAGAGAACACAUGAUUUUUACACGAUAAAAGUUGGCCUCAUUACAGUCGA